UCUACGAAGAUUGCGACAAGCUAGUUUGGGAAAGGAGGGGCUCGGUUCGCCACCGUCUUUAGUUGAGUGCCCCCCACCAAGGUUGCUUUACCAGCUGCUCGCCCUCUACAUGUCCGUCCGCGUCGAGCAAAGCCGCCGCGGCUUAUCAGUCGUCCACGCAUGGCCGCCGGAGCGUGCUGCAAGUGUCCCAUCUCCCUGGCCGUGUUUAAGCGCUCUCUGUCGGUGGUGCCGCGGGGCCAGACGCCCGCCUCUCCCCGCUCGCUUUUAUCGGUGUGGCGACUCGGCGAGCGGGGCCUGCAGGAGGCCGCCCGGCCCUCCAGCGCCCUGAGAGCGGCUGGUUAUGGUCGUCACACGGCAUUCUGUUGUAUUUCCUGCCAGGAGUCCAUGAGCCAAAGCUUGAAGACGUGUUACGUGUACCUGAACCAGACCAGUCGGAGCUUUGCGGCCGUCAUUCAGGCCCUGGACGGGGAGCUGAGACAUGCUGUAUGCAUUUUCUACCUGGUGCUUCGGGCGUUGGACACGGUGGAGGACGACAUGAGCAUCCCCCUGGACAGGAAAGUCCCCAUGCUCAACAACUUCCACACUUAUCUCUACCAGGACGCCUGGAGCUUUAGUGAGAGUCAGGAGAAAGACCGGCAGGUUUUGGAGGACUUUCCGACGAUAUCUUUGGAAUUCCGAAACCUGGCUCAGGAAUACCGCGAGGUCAUCUCGGACAUCUGCCACCGGAUGGGAGUCGGAAUGGCCGAAUUCUUGGAGAAGAAAGUGGGAUCCAUGAAGGAGUGGGACAAGUAUUGCCACUAUGUGGCAGGGCUGGUCGGCAUCGGUCUGUCUCGCCUGUUCUCGGCGUCCCAGCUGGAGGACCCGGAGGUGGGCUGGGACACUGAAUUAGCCAACUCCAUGGGUUUGUUCCUCCAAAAGACCAAUAUUAUACGAGACUAUCUGGAGGACACAAAGGAGGGACGUGCCUUCUGGCCACAAGAAGCGUGGAGCCAGUUUGCGGGCCGUCUGGAGGAUUUGGCGCAACCCGACAAAUUGGAAUCGGCUCUGUCGUGUCUCAACCUGCUGGUCACGGAUGCUUUACGGCACGUGCCGGAUGUCAUAGCCUACCUGGCGCGACUCCGCAACCAGAGCGUUUUCAAUUUCUGCGCCAUCCCUCAGGUGAUGGCGAUAGCUACAUUGUCAUCAUGCUACAACAACCCACUGGUGUUCCAAGGCGUGGUAAAAAUCCGAAAGGGACAAGCGGUCACGCUCAUGAUGGAGGCCACCAACAUGCGAGCUGUGCAGAACAUCAUCAGCCAGUACAGCCAAGAGAUCCUGCACAAAGUCUCCCUGGCAGACCCAUCGCGUGACGAGACCCUGCGCAUCCUAGCAGUUAUUCGGGAAAAGUCGCAGUCGUCCAGCUUGCCAGUCCGGAGCCACCACAUGUCUCCCGUGUACCUCUCGGCGGCCAUGUUGUUAGCCGCCGUUAGCUGGCAGUACCUCAGCGCCACGGCGGCGCAGGCGCAAGGUGUCGGCGACAUACAGGGACAGUAAAUCUCAACCAAAAGAAACUCAUGAUUGCAUUUUGCUGCUCUUGGAAGUCCACUUCUUGAUUGACAGUCAUUUUGAGGAAACGUCUCAAGGACCCAUGCCGUAAAAUUGAACAGGAAGUCGGCCAUGUUGGUUUUUAAAGCGGACCUUUUGGGAGAAAAUCCAGAAAUCGGAUCAAGAUGUAAUGAUUUUGGUUUUUCUUUUUGGAUUGGAUUUUUGUUGAUUUUUUUCUUUUGUUUGCAAAACUGGCUUUGACAACUGUCUUUUACAUUGUAGCUCUUAUUUUGAAAUCAUGGAAGUGUAUACAGCUCAAAUGAGAAUAAUUGUAGAAAUAUUUUUAUCAUUCUGUGGUGUUUUUGUACAUAAAGGGAAUGAUAAACUGUACCGUUACAAUAAAUACGUUGCGAGGCUGCUAGUAAAGUGUCCUUAACUCAUUCACUGCCAUUGACGGCGAUAGUCGUCCAAUCCAUUUGGACUGGGAGCGAAACAUUAUCAUUUACUGCCACAGACACCAAAGUAAAGCUAUAAAAACAUUGCUAUGUAAUGUGAGCAAUAGAGUUCUAUGUACAUAUCUGAGUAAAUAAAAUCCACGGGAAUAAAAUCUGUUAGCGCCGUGUGAAUUUUGUGCAAUAAAGUUUAGCGACACGCCAUAUAUUGAGCGUGAGUUGCGUAUGACAAAGUAUUCAUUAAACAAGCAUGUGACUCAA